GAAUUAUUUUAGAGUCAAUGAGAAAUUGAUCCUAAAAUUUAGACCAAUCAAAUUAUAACACUCCUUUAAUUAAUUAAUUUGAGCUUCUUCAACCAUAUUUAAAUUUUAAUCUUUAAUAAUAAAAAACCAAUCUAAAAUUUAGACCAAUCAAAUUAUAAUAUUCUUUCUAUCAAUUAUCUAAAAUUUCAAUCAUAAUUAAUAUUUAAAUUAUACCAAUGAGACGAUAUUAAUAAAAUAAUAGUAAUUGACUACAAUGCACAUUCUUUCAAAAAAAACAAACUACAAUGCACAUCAAAGACUAUUCUACACCAACUCUAAGUCAUUAACUCCCGUAAUAAACCAAAUCAACCUGGCUAACCAAUAAGAAAAUAGAAAUUAUUUUAGAACCAAUAAGAAAUUAAUCCUAAAAUUUAGACCUAUCAAAUUAUAACACUCCUUUAGUUAAUUAACUUGAGCUCCAAUCAUGAUUAGUGGUAACCACUAAAAAAAGAGGAAUCAUUUUAGAGUCAAUGAGAAAUUGAUCCUAAAAUUUAGACCAAUCAAAUUAUAACACUCCUUUAAUCUACUUCUAUAUAUUAAAAGAGAACCAGGGGCAAAUUGAGCCAGAAAAAUGGCUGUGAAAAGACAUAUAUACCCUCAACUAAUAUUGAAUUCCAAAAUUGUCCCUAGCAAAAAGACGUUCUGUACAUAUCCCCUCGAUCAGUUUCAUGGAUUAUACACACAUGAACAGGCAAGCGGUGAUCGAAUCAGUAACAAUUCAUCUCCUGAUAUCCUCAUCUCUCCUCGCCGAUGUCGAGUAUCUUUUGCGAGAUUAUGCAGGAUAAGGAUAAAACUGCCAAGGAAAGAAAGGUUGUUAUCUGUAUAUUUGACGAUAUUGUUGAGGAAUGUCGAGAGGCAGCGCUCAAAUAUUAUAAACAUUAUCCUCCCUUUGUUGGAAGCAUGCAAUGACAAAAGCCCAGAUGUCCGACAGGAGUAUGUGCAGGGUUUGGUGGAUCUGCGUUCAAGAAUUAUGUUGGUGGUAGAGGCCUUCACAUUUGCUUCGUCAGUUGGACAAAAAAAUAGUGUAUAUUUCCUAAAAGUUUGGUUAACUUUCUGCAGAGGCUAUUUCUAGAUUGGAUGUUGUAAUAGGACACCCCAAUAAGUUGGAUUUAGACAGGAUCAUGCCAUAUGACAAAGCUGUUUCGCACUUCGAAAAAUUUGUUGAUUUCAUCGUGACAAGUUAAAUUCAGCCCAGGAGCUGAAUACCAAGCCAGUGACUUGAGUUUACUCAUUGAGAACACCUCGGUUGAACAUUUUGGUUUGGCAAGAAAUAUCACCAUCACUAAGGAUUCGACGACCAUUAUUGAUGAUGCUGCAUCAAAGGAUGAGAUUCAGGCUAGGAUUGCACAGAUUAAGAAAGAGUUGUCUGAGACCGACUCUGUUUAUGAUUCUGAGAAACUUGCAAAGAGAAUCGCAAAGUUAUCUGGCGGGGUUACUGUUAUUAAGGUAGGUGCUGCAACUGAGACCGAGCUUGAGGAUGGUUAGCUUCGUAUUGAGGAUGCAAAGAAUGCAACUUUUGCUGCCAUAGAAGAAGGUAUUGUGCCUGGUGGUGGUGCUGCCUUGGUUCAUUUGUCAGAACAUGUUCCUGCCAUCAAGGCCAAGCUUGAGGAUGCAGAGGAGCGUUGCGGAGCUGACAUAGUACAAAAGGUUGUAGCAACUAACUAUACCCCUAUAUUUUUUUGUAUGACAAACUGGGCCAGGUUUUUUAAUCUUCAAAGGUGAUAACCGAGAGCUACACUUUCUUUGUCUGUUGUGAGCAUUGUAUCUUGUGUUAGUGGUGAUGGUAACUUGGUUUGAAACUUCUUCAUCUAAUGUAUGCAACGAGACACAAUUUAUUUGAGGGACUACUAAGAUAGAUAAAGAGCUAGAGAAUGUUUACUCAAUUGCGUCCACCAAAAGGCAUUGAUUUUUGAAAGUGGAUCACCUGGAUGCUGGUUUACAUGAGACUAGAAAACUUAUUGAUGCUACAAGAGGGGAGAUACCUGAACUAAGAGAUGAUCUCAAAGAAGUUGGUGUUGAUGUUCGAUUAGUGCGCCAUACAGUUCAAAUGCCGGUGAUAUAUCUAACUUGUUACUGGUCUAAAAGUGAAUAUUGAUUCAACAUUGAAGUCUUUGCAAUUUGACUUUGUCAUUAGUCAUAUUCUACGUCGAGGAUGGCAUCGUCGGCAUGCGUGGUGCUGCAGCGCCGCCUGUAGGGUUAUAGACUUGUACUUACAACUUACAAGGAUCGUUUACUACUACAUUGUCGUUGUAUGAACCAGUUUGUCCACAAGUCAGAAGAUUGGUAUCCUGGUAGGCUUCACCUGGAUCUUGAUAGGCCAUUCAUCUCCGGUAUGAAGCACUAUGUCCAGAAGUCAACAUAUGAUACUACUGUACUUGGUUAAGUACUUCAAGUACCUGCACGACACCACCACCUUCUGAACCUCCUUCCUCAUUAAUAAUACUAGAAAUCUUUUCCAAAGCA